UGUCUCUCUUCAUCAUCAACCUUUUCAAUUUCAUUCAACAACAAGCGUCUGCGUCUCUCUUCCUCCUCCUCCUUGUAACUUGGAACAAGAACACCGAGGAUUUGUAGCCAGCAACUAUUACGAUCCAUUCCCCAGAUAAUCAAAAGCUUCUUAAUCUUGAGCUAUGAGCACAGCGACGAGGCCUUCUUCCUCAGCAACAACUUCUGUCGUAUUAGAAAACCCUGUUUCUCAAUCACAACCUACAGAAAGAUUAGUGCUUCGGUUGAACCGGAAGAAGAAGAAAGUUUCGUGGAAAGACGGGACUGUUGACAACGAGUUCAUGCAGAAGAAGAGUUCAAAGAAAUGUUGCAUCUUUCACAAACAGAAGCCUUUUGAUGAGGAUGACAGUGAAGAAGAAGAUGACCAUGACCACCAUCACCAUGAUCAUGAUCAUAACCAUGAACACUCUGAAUCUGGUGAGGCCUCUUCUUCUCAUGAUUCUAAAGCUGUUGACUAAAUCAGUCAGUGUUUUUCUCACAUCACUAUGUAUUGAAGCUUUUUAAUAGAUCAUGGAAGAACACAUAUUUUUCUUGAGGUUUUUGGUCUCUUACCCUAUCUAACCCUGGUUGGGCUUUAUGUAUAUGUACAUGUAAUUUGCAGAUUUAUUGCAAUGUUGAUUUUAAUUCCUUGAUGCUCUAUUUACAAUUAUGUUAAUCAUUAAAGCUUAUAAAUUA